AUGGCUUCCAACCCAUUCCCACACAACAUACCUGAGAAUGGCCCCAACCUGUUAAGGCAACCUUCUGCCGAGGAUAUCGACGCUGCACAUCAACUGGUGUCCUCUGCUCGGGGCGAACGCACGAGCAUAUAUCCUUACCAGAGUAUUCCUCAAUCUCAUACGCCUGUUCCUCCGUCGAGAUCUCCAGCACCGAUCGAUUCUGUACACAGUGCAGAGGCUUUGGAACCACUCGAUGCAGAAGACCAGCAGCAACUUGGUCAGGCCUGUAGCAAUUGCGGUACCACGAGAACACCGUUAUGGCGGAGGUCCCCUCAAGGCAGUGUGAUUUGCAACGCCUGUGGCUUGUAUCAGAAGACUCGCAACGCUCCACGGCCAACAAAUUUCAAGCGAACCGCCGGAACACCGAGGCAGAAGAGCCCACGACUCAAGAACGUCGAGAUCGCACCUAGUCCAACUUCUCAGACAAUGGUCCAGCAACGAAUGCCUUACAGGGCCCCAGAGCAUAUUCCAGGGUCGUGUCCAGGAGGUGGUCAGUGUAAUGGUGCGGGAGGAGCUGAAGGAUGUGGUGGUUGUCCUGCUUUCAACAAUCGCAUUUCUCGUACAGUACCAAACAGUGACGCAGCACCACGGCAAGGGAGAACUAUAGCAGGCUCUGAUGAACCAGUCGAGGCCCCAACGAGUGAGUAUGGCAGUCCGAUCUCCACAAGCGGCGCGGAAGGAGAGACAAACCUUCCAGCGACUGACGGUACUUCGACAAUGAUUGUUGCUUGCAGAAACUGCGGCACAACUGUCACACCACUGUGGCGAAGAGACGAACAAGGCCAUCCAAUCUGCAAUGCCUGCGGCCUUUACCACAAGCUUCAUGGAUCACAUCGGCCUGUGCAGAUGAAGAAGUCAACCAUUAAGAGACGGAAGAGGGUGGUACCAGCAUCUGCAGAGGGCGACGUACCACCUUCAAAUGCAAGCCAUACAUCAGUCUCGCCUGACCCACAUACAGAAGACAUGGACAUCACUUCAGAACCUUCUUCAGCCCCGAAACGCAUCCGUCUCCCACCGAUCGUCGAUUUCACCGGUUUCCAACCAGAUGGCUCUAGUCGUACGACGACGGAUCCUAGUGCUUACAAAGACGCAGGCACGGGCAUAAGAAUUUCACCCAUGCCUCCAAACCAAGGAUAUACUCGCCACUCACCACGACCUAUGCAUGUAUCUCAAGCUCAGCCUGAUUCACUUUCUCGACAGCUUGCCUCAUCCUCGGUAACGACGCAGGACGGAGAAGAGAUACGCACCGAGCGACGUACGACUUUGAUGAGGGAGGCGGAACUCAUGCGCGCAGCAUUAAGAGCCAAGGAAAGAGAGAUUGACGAGCUCGAACGCUGA